GCGCCGCCCUUUCCUCGGCAUGUAGCUGCCUGCACAUUGCGGAGUCUACCACGACGGUAAGGAAGACUGCACCAGCUCACACACACACGGUACGGAAAACAACCGUCGUCACCAACUCGGUCUCGACAAAAACGGUGACAUCUACGGUUUCGGAAACCAUCACUCAGACACCGUCGUCGAUAACGACCACCGUGCAAUCUACCGCCACCGCCUAUGCCCUCUCUCCACCCCCUUGCAUGACAGAAAAUUUGCCUGACAAGGGAGGGCCGCUCGACGGGCGGACCGGCACUUAUCGCUACGAGGAGUUCCAUGGGCGUGACAUAGAUAUCGUCUACACCAACUACUUUUCUGGAUGCAGCGUCGCGAUUAACCCGGUCAACCCGGGCGGACGCCUGGCCGAGACGCGCACGUAUCCCUCCACCGAUACAGCGUGUGAGGCCAUCGCUGCUUGCGCAGCCGAAGCCGCAAACGGGCCCGACAAGAAGUCGUUCACUCUGUCUCAAGUCAUCGCCACGGGAAUAUGGAGCUGUGUCCUCUACGUCAUGGAAAACACCGAUCCGACCUACUUCAAUCAAGCGGACGACACGGUGUCGUAUGUGUACGGCUAUUCAGCCAGCUACCCGGGCUUGGCACCUGGAGAAUGUCCAAAUUAUGCCUCGUACUCCUUCCUUUCGGAAAUCUACAGCAGCUCGACUACCGAUUGCUAGGCCGCGUCGGGCGAGGAUUUGCUUGUGCAGCCGAACCAGGUAC